AUGCGCGGACUGGAGCUCCAGCUGCUCGCGCUGUGUCUCCAAGUGGCCGCCCCCAGCACCCUGCUGCCCCACGUGGACCAGUACCAGGUGGUGUGGCCCCAACGCCUGCCGGCAGCACCCCGUGCCCGCCGAGCCCUGCCCUCCCACCUGGACCUAUACCCGGAGAGUGUGAGCUACAUCCUUGGGACCCAAGGGCACAACUUCACCCUGCACUUGAGGAGGAACAGGGACCUGGUAGGCUCGGGCUACACGGAGACCUACAGGGCUGCCAAUGGCUCCCAGGUGGUGGAGCACCCACAAAAGCAGAGUCACUGCUUCUACCAGGGCCACGUGGAGGGGCACCAGCAUUCCGCCGCCAGCCUCAGCACCUGUGCCGGCCUCAGGGGCUUUUUCCGGGCUGGCUCGGACGUCCACCUGAUCGAGCCCCUGGACGGGGACGGUGAAGAGGGGCGGCACGCGUUGUACCGGGCGGAACACCUGCAACAGAAGGCGGGGACCUGUGGGGUCAGCGACACCAGCUUGGAGAAGGCCUUGGGGCCUCGGAUCUCGGCAGCCUUCAGGCCCCAGGUGAGCUUCUUGUGCCCCCAGAACUGGCCACUGCCCCGAGACACCCGCUACGUGGAGCUGUAUGUGGUCACGGACAGCACAGAGUUCCAGCGGCUGGGGGGUAGAACAGCUGUACGCAGCCGGGUGAUGGAGGUGGUGAACCACGUGGACAAGCUUUUUCAGGAGCUCAAUUUCCGUGUGGUCCUGGUGGGCCUGGAGAUGUGGAACCACGAAGACCAGAUUCACGUGAGCUCGAACCCUGACACCACACUGGACAACUUCCUCCGGUGGCGGACGCAGAACCUGGUGGGCCGGCACCAGCACGACAAUGCGCAGCUCAUCACUGGGGUCGAGUUCACCGGGACCACCGUGGGACUGGCCAAGGUGGCAACCGUGUGCUCCCAGGACUCGGGGGCUGUGAACCAGGACCACAACCUAGAGAACCCCAUCGGCGUGGCAUCCACCAUGGCCCACGAGAUGGGCCACAACCUGGGCAUGGACCAUGACGAGAACAUCCAGGGCUGUUACUGCCCUGUGUCACGGGAGCGCGGUGGCUGCAUCAUGGCGGCCAGCAUCGGGGCCAGGUUCCCCAGAAUGUUCAGCCAGUGCAGCCGCACCAACCUGGAGAUGUUCAUGGAGAAGCCUCAGACAGCCUGCCUGGCCAACGCCCCGGACCCCAGCCGGCUGGUGGGCGACCCUGUGUGCGGGAACCUGUUUGUGGAGCGUGGGGAGCAGUGUGACUGCGGCCCGCCCCAGACCUGUCGGAACCCCUGCUGCAACGCCACCACCUGUCAGCUGUCCGCGGGGGCCCAGUGCGCACAGGGUGCCUGCUGCCGCGGCUGCAGGGUGACGCCUGUUGGUGAGCUGUGCCGUCCCCCAAAGGACACGUGUGACCUUGAGGAGUACUGCGAUGGCCAGCAGCCAGUGUGCCCGGAGGACGUCUUCCAGGAGAAUGGCACGCCCUGCCCGGGGGGCUACUGCUACAACGGGGUCUGCCCCGUGCUGGCCCAGAGGUGCCAAGACUUGUGGGGGCUAGGCUCACGGGUUGCCAUGAAAACAUGCUACACCUACAGCAUCUCACCAGGCUGCCGGGGCUGGCUCGCCCACGGUUCCAGCAGGGUCAACAACUGUGGCAUUCUAUACUGUGAGGGCGGACAGCGGGCCCUAGAGCGGACUUACUGCACCUUCACCUCCCACGCGGGCACUUGCCAGGCUCUCUUCCUGGAGGGAGGUGCUGGGUAUGAGCCAGUACCUGAAGGCACCAAGUGUGGCGAGGAGAGGAUUUGCUGGAAAGGACUCUGCCAGCACCUGCAAGUUUACAGAUCCAGAAACUGCUCCGCCCAGUGCAACAACCAUGGGGUGUGCAACCACAAGGGAGAGUGUCACUGCCACCCGGGCUGGGUGCCACCCCGCUGCACAGAGCUGCUGCCCCACGUGCACACAGUGGCCACUGUGCAUGCAGCCAUCUGCAGCACCACGGCCUCCAGGGCCCAGCCAGACCUUGCUCACAUCACUGUGGGCCGGGGGCCAGUCCCCACCAAGCCCUCCAGCCCUUCAUCUGAGAGCCUACAGCACUGGUGGUCCAGGAGCCUCCUGGUGGGCGUGCUCGUCUCUGUGGUGCUGUUGGUGGCUCUCCUGGCUGGCGCGGUCUUCUACUGGAAGGCCCGGAGCCACACCUCUUGGAGGAACACAGCGCCCAAGACCGCCAAGGGGCUCUCCAACCCCCUGUUCCACGAAGGGCACGGUGUGCCAGCCAAGGGUGGGGCUUCGGCCCCCACCACCCACCCCAGCCAGCCCUCCAGGCCCACGGCCUCCACAGUGACCCCUAGGCAGCCGCCCCCUGCUCCUCCAGCCACCAUGUCCAACCCUCCCUUCACCGUUCCUGUGUACACCCGGCUGCCCCCAAACCAGCUCCGCCCUGCUCCUCCAGCCAAGCCACUCCCUGAGCUGAAGCCCAAGCCGGGUGUGAAGCCGACCUUCCCACCCCCGCUGCCACCAGUCAAGCCUGGGGCUGGAGGGUCCAACCCUGGACCUCUGCAGCAGGACCCCUCCCCCACCGUGAGUCGGCAGCCCAAGGGCGCGGAGACAACGGCCCCAACAGCCCUUCCCGCCGCCCCGCCCCUUCCGGCCCCCGGGGCUCUCCGGCCGCCGUCUCCCGGCAACGGCCCCAACCGCCCGUCCCGCCGCCACGCUGGGCGCAUCGGGGCGGAGCGCGCAGUCCCCGCCGCGGCUACCGCCCGGCGCCUCACACGGCCUCUGCGCCUGGCUGGACGGGCUCCCGCUCGGCCGCCCCAAGCGCCACCUGGCCCGGGACUUCAGCGACGGCGGUGA